AUGAGCAUCCGAAGCAGGAGAGUCGCCCCGGGGUACCGGAGGAUGGGUUUGCAACCACAAGCAAAGCCUCUGCAAAGACCAUCACCAUCACUCAUACUGCCUCCGUGGAAGUCUUUUGACUCGUUGGCUCUUUUCCUUUCUCAGAUCCCAGAUGACGCCAAUGUGAGUUAUAUCUGGCGUGCUUUCAAGGAUGAAGGGCAUAUAUUCUCCAUUGACCUUUUCGAGGACUUUCAAGGGAGAAGAACUGCACAGGGGAAGAUACGCUUCCGGCCUCCUCCAUUCAGGGACUUUUGGAGCCAAGGUACCUACACGAUUCUGCUGCCAGGUGGUAAAUCUGCCACCAUCUCCGUGAGGCCUGAACUCAAUUCUCCGAACGAUCGGAUUCCCAGCCCUGUCUGUUCGAAUGAAUACUUUCCAGUUGAGAUUAGAAUCCCGCUUGCCUCCUUAGAUUUUGGCGUCAUGACCGGUGAAAACACCUUUUCACCAAUGCGGACUAUUGAAGAUUCAGUCGAUGGUGGCCUUCGCAUAGUCCUUGACGUGAAAGCCAGAGUUAUACUUGUUCAGUUUCGAAUCCAGAUUUUCGACUCCACAAAUGAGAGAGCCUCCGUGCGUGAUACCUACAAGAACUACCAGAUCAGGAUUCCGUUCGCACACUUGAAUGAGAUCGCUCAGGUGCCGAUCGCCGACACUCAGUCAGUAGCGCAUCUAGCCAUCCUAGAAUCCCCUCCAAUAUACCAGAGACGCAUAGAAGACAUCCGAUCGACAUUUAUGGAAGACAAUCAUUGGAGAGAUGCAGACACAUGGUAUAGACAGACCCAAAUCGUCCACCAGCCGCGGAGGCUGUCGGGCCUUCCCGUCAGUUUACAGAGAAAGCGUUCAGUCAUUGAUUUGGGUCGUUGGACUGCUAUCAAGUUUAAUUUUCGGGAUAAUUGCGAGAAUUUGGGACAAUUCAGGACCUAUGGCCAUAUACUCAAUGACUACAACAUCAAAGUGAAGGAUAGCCAACAUAACAUCCAAUUUGAUGAUAGCAAAGAGCGGACUGACCCUAUCUGGAAAUGGAUCGAUUUGCCGGAUGCUCAAGCCCCUUCAAAUAGCAUCGCUACCAAAUUAUCCUCCUCCUUGGAAUUCCUGUCUGAUUCUACUUAUGUCCAUCUCCCCUUCGCGGUUCGAUACCAACUGGAGGUCUGCAUUUCCAAUGGAUACCUUUCAGAAUUCAGUAUGACCAAGGAGUUCGCAAUACGACUGGCUGGGCUCGAGGAGUCCAGAGCCAAGAAGCUUCUAGAGCACGUAGCAACAGAAAAGAAACGUUACUACGAUCCCUUAAAGAUAUUCAAUCUCAAAUUCAUCAAGGGGGUGACAGAUGCGAAGAUACCGCCUUACUGCUGCUACAUGCGCUCCGCCAGAAUCACUCCAACCACCAUCUACUUCAGUUCACCCACCGUCGAUAUCUCCAACAGAAUUAUCAGGCGUUAUGCUGAGCACACAGAUCGAUUUCUUCGUGUUAGAUUUACCGAUGAGAAGCUUUUGGGUCGCAUAAAUUCAACCAUGGAUAACACAAAGAAUGAGGUCUUCACUCGCAUCAAAAGAGCUUUGGCUAAUGGUAUAGUCGUCGGGGACAGGCAUUAUGAGUUUCUCGCAUUCGGAAACUCGCAGUUUCGCGAGCAUGGCGCUUAUUUCUUCGCACCGCUACCGGGUCUCACGACUACUCAUAUCCGCGCAUGGAUGGGUCAUUUCAGCCAUAUACGCAACGUCGCUAAGCAUGCAGCACGGCUGGGCCAAUGCUUCUCAACGACUAGGGCAAUAGCGGGCUGUCCUGUGCAAGUCCAGAAGAUCGAUGAUGUAGAGCGCAAUGGCUAUGUCUUCUCCGAUGGGGUCGGGCGGAUCUCACGAUUCCUUGCGCAGAUGGCGAUGACGGAAUUGAAGAUAAAGACGCCAUCUGGUGACCCUCCAUCCGCGUAUCAAUUCCGGCUUGGGGGAUGCAAGGGCAUGCUCGUUGUGUCCCCCGAGGCUCAGCCUCAAGAGGUCCAUAUUCGCGAGAGUCAACGCAAAUUCUCGGCAAUUCAUAACAAUUUGGAGAUCAUUCGAUGGUCCCAAUUCGGCAUCGCUACACUCAACAGACAACUGAUCAUUGUCCUGUCGACACUGGGUAUACCCGACAGUGUCUUUCAUGCAAAGCUUCAGGACAUGCUCCAGAACCUAGAUCGAGCCAUGGAAAGUGAUACCCUGGCAAUCUCACUGCUCAGGAGAUACGUGGAUUCGAACCAGAAGACGCUGACUGUCAGUGAACUGAUAUCGGAUGGGUUCAUGAAGUCUCGGGAGCCCUUCUUGACUUCUGUGCUGACGCUAUGGAGAGCCUGGCAUCUUAAGUAUUUGAAAGAGAAGGCAAAGAUCGUCAUUGAACAAGGUGCAAAUCUUCUAGGAUGUAUGGAUGAGACUGGCGUGCUCAAAGGAUUCUAUUCCAAGAAUGACCCGAAGAAAAAUGACUCGCUCGAAAAGCAGCUGGCAGCGCUACCUGAAAUCUUCCUACAAAUCACUCGGCCUGAGGCAGAAGGCAGAGAAGAUGGAAAGAAAUACACUGUCAUCGAAGGCGUCUGCAUUUUGGCUCGAAACCCGUCCCUGCACCCUGGUGAUAUCCGGGUAGUCAGAGCUGUUAAUGUUCCGCAGUUGCACAAUCUUCACGACGUAGUUGUGUUGCCCCAAACUGGUGAUCGAGAUAUCGCCAGCAUGUGCUCCGGUGGAGAUCUUGAUGGAGAUGAUUACCUCGUCAUUUGGGAUCAAGAUUUGUUGCCCGAGGAUUGGUUUCAGCAACCUAUGAAAUAUACAAGCAACAGAGCUCCAGACUUGAACCAUGACGUGACUGUUGAUGAAAUCACGUCUUUUUUUGUGACCUACAUGAAGCACGACUGUCUUCCAAGGAUCGCACAUGCACAUCUUGCAUGGGCCGAUCGUAUGCAUAGCGGUGUCAAUGACGACAAAUGCAUACAACUGGCACAUCUCCAUUCAGAUGCUGUCGAUUACAAUAAGACAGGGAUUCCAGCAACUAUGACCCGCAACCUGCAGCCCCAUAUGUGGCCUCACUUUAUGGAGAAGAAGGGGAAGGCGGCCGACAAGAUCUAUCACUCGAGAAAAAUUCUUGGUCAGCUGUAUGAUGCCGUGGAGCGGGUCGAUUUCACACCCAGCCUUGAGAUGCCAUUCGACAAGCGUAUCCUGAACUGCAAGAUUCCAGUGGACAAGGAAUUAUACCAAUUUGCUCAAGACCUUAAGGCUGAAUACGACACGGCGACUCGUCGAAUCAUGGCUCAACAUGAAAUCAAGACGGAGUUCGAAGUCUGGUCCACAUUUGUGCUCGACCACGCAAACAUGAGCAAGGACUACAAGUUCCAUGAGGAGAUUGGCGCAAUAACUAUGGGGCACCUGGAGGGCUUCAAAAAGAAAUGCUAUGACGAGAUCGGUGGUCGCAAUUCCGAGCGGUUGGCACCAUUGGUGCUUGCCAUGUACCGCGUCACACAUUCAGAGAUGGCCGCUGCCCUGAACGAACACCGCGAAGCGUCUGCUUCAGACGGCACGGAGCCCUCGCACAAGAAAUCCGAUAUGAGCCAAUGGCCACUAAUUAGCUUCCCAUGGAUCUUUCCCCACGUUCUUGGCAAGCUUGCAAAAGGUCUCUAUGACUAUGAAGAACCCGAAGUCGCCGCUACAGAUGAGGCAGAGUUGACCAAUGAUGCUCCAACCGCUGUGGCCCACCAAGCUGAGGCGGACAAUGUUGGAACAGAAGAUCUCCUCGAGGACCCGUUCGGCCUGUUUGAGGGCGAGACAAUGCGUAGCACAGUCCGCCGCGAGCAAAACACCAGCACCCCGCAACGCCACAAGGAGAAUGUCCAAUCUCUCGAAGAGCUCCUCGAUUUCGGCCUCUCGGACCCUCGUCAGCCGUCAGCUUUAUCUACCACAGAGGCAUCAGACUUGACAGCAAGUCUGCUUGAGGUCGAUGGCAACGUGGCUAAAGUGGCGGUUGAUGCGGGCAAGUGCCCCGAACAAGCGCAAAUAAUCCCCGACAAUAACUCUGGGGGCGCUGACCUCUUCGAAGAAGAGGAGCCUGAACCUAAUGAGUUGUUCAAGCUCGCCACCUUGCUUGGAAACUGA